AUGAGCCAUUUGGACGAGUUUGACUGGCCUCCUGGCCGUUCAAAACUCCAAGCAAAAGCUAUAUACUAUUUUUCCCACGAGCUUCAACAUCAGAAGAAAGAUCCAGUCAAAACUUACCGCGACGCCAACGUUAAAAGUUAUAAAGGAUCCUCCGGGAACAAAGUGCUUCAAUUCGGUGAUAAGGUCCCACUGGCUCCCAUUACUAUCGUGUAUGCCUAUGCAAUCCAACUCCCGCCCACCUACAGCCCUGUACAUCCCCCUCUAGCAUUUCGAUGGAUGACUUCUCGCGUCCAAGAUGUCAUCCAGACGUUAUAUCACCCAGUAUUUUCUGGGUUACUUGCACUUUCUUUGGUGCUCCGGCAUACGGUAUCUGACCAAGAGGCGAUGCGAGAUUUCACGUUGCCGCAGCUUCGCUACCUGGAUAUCACGCUCUACACGCACCCGUCAUUCGUGGGAGUGCCGACUGUUGGGACGGUUUCAUCUUGGCGGUUUCCUAUGCUUACCCUUCUCCGAGUGGAAGGUCUUGGAGAGCAUCCCAAAAAGGAGGUUCCUGGGCUCAUACGAGCUCAUAGUAGACAACUUGUAGAACUCCACGCUUCAGAUCUUGGUGCGGAGUUUCCGACAUCUGAAGACUGGUGGAGUUUUUGCUCGCUCCAGCUAUUCGUGGUGAACAGCCUCGACAUGCUGGCUGACGCACUUUCCUCCGUAGGCACUCUCUGGACGCGGAAAUCGAACAGUAUGUCCAAUGAGACAAUGAUAGUCGAGACGACACCUCGACGCCUCACGAUGAGUCUUCAGUAUCCCCGGAUCACCCGGUAUACAAAUGCGCACAUUAUUCAAGAGUUCGAGGGAUCCCAGUCCAUUCUUCCCUUUCUUGAUUUCGCAGUGUCACAGACGUGGGACUCCAUACAAACAACUCUUACCGAGUCCGAGUACCGCCACGACACGUAUAGCGCUCUCAAAGAAUCAUUGGAGUUGAUGGAAAGCCUGGGGGUUGACUUUGUUGAUCCAGCCGGAAAUGGCCUUGACUCCUAUGAGGCCCGUUGUCUGAAGAGUGCGGUCCAACGUGGGCCACCAGAGAUCCUGCAAGGUGGAAGGGAAUAA